AUGGACUUACCGAAUGCCUCUACGGCGGAAAAGAGCGAUGGCGAGCUGGAGGGCACUAACUCCGAGGAUGCGACUUUUGCCCCGAUCACCACCGGGCCGCUGUCGCAUGAUGAGCACCGUGGCACGCAGCUCCAGAAGCAGCGCACCAAUGCAUCCCGCCGCUCGUUGGAUCACUGCUGGUCGCUAAAUGAUGGAGUCAGCAUUAGCGGCAAUGAGCUUGACAGGCAAGAGGCCGACGAGGCUGGGGGAGAGCCGGAUGAGAAUAGAGGAUUUAUCGUUGGUUGGGAUGAGAGCGACCCCAUGAAUCCACGCAACAUGAACACAGCUCGGCGAUGGAUGAUCGUGAUCAUUGUUUCAAUGGGAUCGCUUUGCGUGACGUGUACUUCGUCAAUGUAUACUACCACCUAUUCGCAGCUGAUGAACGAGUUCGGCUGCUCCCAAGAAGUCGCAACGUUGGGGUUAUCAUUUUUCAUCUGGGGACUAGGAAUUGGCCCACUCGUCCUGAGCCCGCUUUCGGAGUUCUAUGGGCGACGAAAUAUUUACAUUGCCUCCUUCUCGCUGUUUUUGAUCUGGCUCAUCCCAUGUGCGGUGGCAAAGAACACGGCAACGAUGCUCGUGAGUCGGUUUUUUAACGGACUGUCAGGUAGUGCAUUUCUGAGUGUUGCUGGCGGUACUGUUGGCGACAUGUUUGAUCGACAUGAAUUGGCAUUUCCGAUGAUGCUCUAUACGGCAAGUCCAUUCAUCGGUCCCGAAGUCGGGCCUCUGGUUGGCGGCUUCAUUAACGAUUUUACAAGCUGGCGUUGGACAUUCUAUGUACUCCUGAUCUGGACAGGAGUAUUACUAGUCUUGAUAAUCUUUCUAGUUCCAGAGACAUAUCAUCCGGUGCUUUUGAGGCGCAAGGCGCAGAAGCUCCGCAAGGAGACCGGAGACGACCGAUGGAGAGCGCCGAUCGAAAAGCUGCAGCGAUCAGUGGCGCAGACGGUUCUGCGAUCGAUGUAUCGCCCUAUCCUGCUCUUGGCACUAGAGCCGAUGUGCUUGAACCUAUGUGUCUUCUCUGCCAUCUUAUUGGGCAUUCUGUAUCUUUUCUUCGGUGCUUUUCAAUUGGUGUUUUCUACUGUGUAUGGCCUGGAACUGUGGCAGCGUGGUCUCUGUUUCAUGGGUCUUUUUGUCGGUAUGGUCCUUGCAAUCCUCUCUGACCCAAUUUGGCGCCGAAACUACAUGCGCCUGGAACGCAAUUUUCAAAAUGCGACGCGUAGGACCGAUGAGUUUCAGCCAGAGUGGCGAUUGCCUCCAGCAAUUCUGGGUGGGCCCUUAGUUACCAUAGGGUUAUUCAUAUUUGCAUGGACGAUCUACCCCAACGUCCACUGGAUUGCGCCAAUUAUUGGGAGUGCAGUGUUUGGUGCAGGUGUUAUCCUCGUUUAUUCAGGCAUCUUUACAUUUCUGGUUGAUGCAUACCCCACCUUUGCUGCCAGUGCCCUGGCCGCCAAUAGCUUCAUGCGGUCAAGCUUUGGAGGAAUAUUUCCCCUGUUCGGAAUUCAGAUGUAUAAUAACCUCGGAUUUCACUGGGCGACCUCAUUGCUGGCAUUUCUCACACUUGUCAUGACUCCAUUCCCCACAAAUUUCACAUGGCAUAUCCAGGUCUGA